AUAUGGCGUCUGUUCCUGUGUACUGCAUCUGUCGACAAGUUUAUGAUGUUACACGCUUUAUGAUCGAAUGUGAUAUUUGUAAGGACUGGUUUCAUGGAAGCUGUGUUGGUGUCAGUGAACACCAGUCUAAAGAUGUGGAAGAAUAUCACUGCCCGCUCUGUGCAAGAAUACAUGGACCACCAAAAAUGAAACCAAGAAGAAAUUGGCAUAGACAUGACUACUCAGAGAUAGAUGCAGGCAAUAAGCCAGUACAGACUGGAACACCAGUUUUUAUGAAAGAACUUCAAAGUCGAACAUUCCCCUCUGCUGAAGAAAUCAUAAUUCACCUACAUGGCAGCGAAUUGACUACAGACUAUUUUGACAAAUAUGGUUUUAAUAAACCAAUCCUUAUUAACAGUAAAGAAGGGCUUGGUUUGGUAGUAACUCCUCCUAAUUUUAGUGUUAAUGAUGUUGAUGCAUGUGUGGGUAAGAAACAAACAUUUUUGUCCUUUUUAGGUUGGAUACAUGCAGUAUUUACACCGGUGGAUACAAUGGUAUUUGGUGGAAAUUUCUUACACCAUUAUGACAUAGGAUUACAAAUACAAAUUCAUGAAUUGGAAAAACGUGUAAAGACACCAGAAAGAUUUCAAUUUCCAUGGUUUGAGACAACUAUGUGGUAUGCUGCCAAACACUUUCAAGAAUUAUUCAAAGAUUAUCGAGAUGAUGAAAAGAAGCCGCCAGCAUAUCUCUUAAAAGGUGUUAAAUCACUGUGCACUGCCCUCAGAAGCUGGACAAUGAAAAAAGAGUAUUUGAAACAACGUCAACAUGAAAUUCCAGAGACAAUCAAUUAUAGCUCGUUAAUCAAAGAGCUCAGUAAAGAAUUGAAGCAGUUUGAUGUAAUGUAUCCCACCCUAGACGAUGACGAGGGUCCAUUAUUCAAAUCAAGAUCCAAGAAACCGAGGAGAGAUCCAGCUGAUGCACCAUGGAAUCCCAAAGCUAAAUUAGUAGCAUCAUGUCCGAAACCUGACAGGCCAGUAAGAGAGGCUGCUAAAAAACCGAAUGUUGAAUCGGGUUUAGCUGAAGCUGCUGCAAGGUUAGCCAACCAGCCAAGACCAAAGAGGCAAUACAUAAGAAAAAAGUCUGUUGAGAAGCCUUGUAGUGAUCCUAUACUUGAACCUAGUCCAUCCACAUCAGGUUUAAACCUCAGUCAUUCCAUGGGUACAGAUGCAUUUCAACAUGAACUUGAUAGUGAACUCAAUUUGUCUAGUAGUGCACCAGGCUCACUUAUUAAAGGUGCUCUCAAAGACCAGUCUGGAAAAUCAAGAAAACCUAAGAAAGGCAUGGCUACAGCCAAGCAAAGACUCAGUAAGAUACUAAAACUACAGAAAGGCGGAAGGCUGAUUCUUUGA